GAAUAGCUUAGAAGAUUAAUUUCUUAUUUCUUUUUCUUUCUUGGGGUUGUGUGAGUGAUUAUCUAAUUUUCGCUUCAUGGACGCCGGUGGAAAGUUGAAGAAAGGUGCCGGGGGUAGGAGAGGAGGUGGUCCGAAGAAGAAGCCGGUGUCUCGCUCCGUCAAAGCUGGCCUCCAGUUUCCCGUCGGACGGAUCGGCAGGUACCUGAAGAAAGGAAGGUACUCUCAACGUGUCGGAACUGGAGCUCCUGUUUAUCUUGCCGCCGUUCUCGAAUACCUUGCCGCUGAGGUUCUGGAGCUGGCUGGCAAUGCUGCUAGGGAUAAUAAGAAAAACCGGAUCAUCCCGAGGCAUGUUCUUCUGGCGGUGAGGAACGAUGAAGAAUUAGGGAAGCUUCUAGCUGGAGUAACGAUUGCCCAUGGUGGUGUGUUGCCUAACAUAAAUCCUGUUUUGCUGCCUAAGAAGAAUGAGAAGGCGGUCAAGGAAACUAAAUCCCCAUCCAAAGCCACGAAGUCGCCUAAGAAGGCAUAAAUUCUGUGAAUUAUUAAUCUCUGUAUGUAGUCGAUAGCCUGUAUCUUGGUUCGUAGGGAUAUUGUAACCGUGGUGUCACUAUCCUUGUUUUUAUUUCUAGUAAAUGAAAUGACAGCUCUUUGAUGCUCAAGUUCCAUCUUUCAA